GUUUUCUUUCGUUAUUUCUCUCCAACUCCACGUUUUAAGAGCUCCUCAAUCUUCUCUCCCGCCCCCACAUGAGCAGCAAUCAACUGAUACAGUAGAUGAGAAUGGGCGCAGCCACAUCCAGGAAUCCCGACAGUAGCACCAGCAACUGUAGUAAUGGCAACGAGGAGAGAGAAGACCAAGCCGGCGGGCAGCUCUACGUCUCCCUCAAAAUGGAGGACUUUAAGCUCAAAGGGGAACUCAUUCCUCACGUCUAUGGCUCCGUGCCACUCGUCGGAUCCUGGGACGCUUCCAAGGCGCUCCCGAUGGAACGUGAGUCGACAUCUAUGUGGGAGUUAAGCUUUGUUGUAUCUUCUAACCAUGAGACAUUGGAUUUUAAGUUUUUGUUGAAACCAAAGUAUAGUAAUGUCCCUUGCGUUGUGGAGGAGGGUCUGAACCGGCAACUUACCGGGGGUGCACUAAGGGGGGACAGGGGAAUGGCUGUAUUUAAUUUGAGUGGUGACGAGAUUCUUGAGUACAAAGUAUGGAUUAAAGCGGAUAGGGUUUCGCCAUUUGAUCUUGCUGCAAGUUGGAGAGCACAUCAGGAGAAUUUCCAGCCUUCCUCUGUUCGUGGAAUACCAGAUAUCAGUAUAAAUUCUGCUGCUGAAAGUAAUGUGAAUGAAAGGGCAAGUUUGGAGCUUGACAUCGAGCACUAUGUUGUCCCAGCUCCAGUUACAUCUGCAAAUUCAGAUAUGGUUUAUGCGGCUAACAUGGCUGCAACUCCUAGGUCCCUAAGUAAUGUAGGAAUGUUUUCCAAGAUUGAUGGAUCAAGUGGGGCAUUGCAAAUGGCAACAGAUACUGGUGUUUCUUCAGAUCAACCUGAUUCAACGGGAACAGAAGUCGUUCCAUUGAAGCUAUCUUCUCGAUCUGGCUUGGUAGAGUCAAAGUCAGUUGGAACACUUUCAUCCAUGCAGAAACAAGAAGGUCACAGAGGACUGUUUGUGGAUAGGGGGGUUGGAUCUCCCAGACUUGUCAAAUCAGCAAGUGAAAAAACUCUCUACAUCAAUGACACAGAGUCUGAGAACUCUAUGCCAGCAGCUGCAGGAGCAGUUGCAGCUGCAGCUGUAGCAGAUCAGUUGCUCGGUCCAAAGGAGGAUAGGCAUCUAGCGAUUGUCUUGGUUGGAUUGCCUGCUCGUGGCAAAACUUUUACUGCAGCCAAACUUACUCGAUAUCUUCGUUGGUUAGGUCACAAGACUAAACACUUUAAUGUUGGAAAGUAUCGAAGGCUUAAGCAUGGAGUUAAUCAGACAGCUGACUUUUUUCGGGCCGACAAUCCAGAAGGUAUGGAAGCGCGUAACGAGGUUGCGGCACUUGCAAUGGAGGAUAUGAUCUCUUGGAUGCAAGAGGGUGGCCAGGUUGGGAUAUUUGAUGCAACAAACAGUAGCCGGGAAAGAAGGAAUAUGCUUAUGAAAAUGGCAGAGGGUAAAUGCAAGAUUAUCUUUUUGGAGACACUAUGCAAUGAUCGCCAAAUUAUUGAAAGAAAUAUUCGUCUAAAAGUACAACAGAGCCCAGACUAUUCAGAAGUUCAAGAUUUUGAAGCAGGGUGCCAUGACUUUAAAGUCCGUCUGGAAAAUUAUGAGAAGGUGUAUGAGCCAGUUGAUGAGGGCUCUUAUAUCAAGAUGAUUGAUAUGGUCAGCGGCCAUGGAGGGCAAAUACAAGUGAACAACAUUAGUGGGUACGUUCCUGGGCGGAUAGUAUUCUUCCUGGUCAACACACAUCUGACGCCACGCCCAAUUUUGCUAACCAGGCAUGGAGAGAGCCGGCACAAUGUCAGAGGGCGAAUUGGUGGUGACAGUGUGAUAAGUGAGUCUGGUGAACUAUAUGCGAAGAAGCUAGCAAACUUUGUUGAGAGACGUCUGAAAAAUGAGAAGGCUGCUUCUAUAUGGACUAGCACAUUGCAGAGAACGAUCUUGACAGCAGGUCCAAUUGUUGGCUUUCCAAAGAUACAAUGGCGAGCUCUUGAUGAAAUCAAUGCUGGCGUAUGUGAUGGAAUGACCUAUGAAGAAAUAAAGAGAAACAUGCCAGAGGAAUAUGAAUCACGUAAGAAAGACAAGUUAAGGUAUAGAUAUCCUCGUGGGGAAUCUUAUCUUGAUGUCAUACAGAGGUUGGAACCUGUAAUUAUCGAGCUUGAACGACAACGCGGUCCAGUUGUGGUGGUAUCACACCAGGCGGUGUUGAGAGCUUUGUAUGCUUAUUUUGCUGAUAGGCCUCUGAAAGAGAUACCCCACAUAGAGAUGCCACUCCACACAAUAAUAGAGAUACAGAUGGGAGUUUCGGGCGUACAGGAGAAACGAUACAAGCUCAUGUAAUUUACUUUGAGCAUUAAUUCACAUUGGGAUGCUAUAAUCAACGUUGAUGAAGUUCAUCGAGGCACUGCAAAAAAACCUUUAGUCUACUGGAACUUCCUAGAUGCAGGUUAGCUUCUUCACCUCAUAA